AUGGCUCCCCCUCAUCUGCCCAACGAGAUCAUAUUGAUGAUCGCGCAGUAUCUCACGCCUCGCGGUGUUGCGAAUCUGAUGCUCGGUAAUUGGGAAUUGUAUCAUCUUCUCCGGGGUGGCGUUAUAUUUGAUCGGACGCUGGGCUCUUCGAGGAACGGGGCUAUCCUAUGGGCGUGUCAACAUGACCGCAAAGAUGUUGUUCUUGCGAUGCUGCACCGACAGGGCGAAUUCGGAUAUCGGGACUGGCAAGGAUUCGACAUUGUCAGUGAGACACCGAGUUCCGAGUUGCACUUACCGUUGAGGUUUGCGGCUUUCUAUGGACAUGUGGAAAUCAUAAAGAUCUUGCUCGAUUGGAAUAUCAACACCAUCCGGGAAGAUCUGCGUGCCCUGCCCGCCGCAGUAAGUGGUCAGCAUUUGGAUGCCGUCAAGGUUCUCCUCGAAUAUUCGGCAAAGGUGCCGGGUGAUAGUCCCGAAACAUCUCCCUUUGAAGAUGAUUACAUACUAGAAGAGAGUCCUCCGGUCUCAGAGGCUUCUUUCACCCCGGCCCACCGCCACCGAAGGUUCCUGAACCAGGCGUUCGUUGACGCUAUCAGACAUGGGCAUGAUGAGAUCGUAGAGGUCCUGGUGGCCGACGGUCGCGCUCAGAUCAGCCUCACAGAGGCUGCACGUCUUGGGAAUGAACGAAUGUCACCGUUGGGGGUGGCUGCAGAGGCAGGGCACGAAGGUGCGUUGCAGAUUCUCUUUGAGGCGGGCUGGGACGUGAAUCUUCGUGAUGGAAAUGGCAGAACACCACUUUUCAUCGCUGCUGCUUCUGGCCAGGAGGCGAUUGCGAGGAUGUUGCUUGGGAGGAAAGAUAUCAAUGCCGAUCUCGCAAACAACCAAGGACACACGCCACUUCUUGAAGCCUCACGGAAGGGGCAUGUGGCCAUCAUCGAGCAGCUUUUGGCAGCUGAGAACGUGAAUGUGAACCCAAGCACUUCAUCCGGCCAAUCGGCAUUGUCAUUUGUGGCUAGUCAGGGCAUCGAAAACGCAGUGCGUUUGUUUCUUUCUGCGGGUGCCCAUCCUGAUACCCGCGACCAUAUUGGACGCAGCCCAUUAUCUCUCGCCGCCGGGGCUGGAUUCCCGGCCAUUGUAGAGCUGUUGCUUGCAGUGGAUGGCGUGGAUCCAGAUUCAAAAUGUAAACAAAGCCAGACGCCGCUUGCAUACUCCGUCCUUUCGGGUCGCUUCCCAGGAAGAGUCAACGGCGAAAAGACCAACACCACGGCCGACCGAGAUGAGCAGCAGAUGUUGGAUAUUCUUCGGGGGUCGAUAGAGGAACGCAUGGCUUGUUUGGGGGUUGAAGAGGAGGCCCUGGGAAAUGGUGUUGCGCUGUCAAUCAUGAACCUGCUGCUCGAGGAUAACCGGGUUGAUCCUAAUUCGCGAGAUGCCAAAGGCAGGUCAGUAUUAUGUUUAGCAAUAUUGAGGGGUGAGCUUGCAGCAGUGCGACUUCUCGUGUCUUCGAAGAAGAUCGAUUUGAAGAGCAAGAUUUACCGAAAUCUGACACCAGUUGACUUGGUCAAAGAGAAGUAUAGGAGGAAGCGCUUCAGUGAGUCGCGGUUUACCAGUGACAAGAGCACUUGA